GUCCGGGCUGAGUCAGCGGCACUCCAGGCCCCAGGGGCCCCACCACCCACCCGGGGGGGGGGCGCGGCCUCCACUCGGCAUCCCCCACUAUCCUGCGACCUCGGGCACCGGAGGGGAUGAGUCCCGGAGGCCCGGCGCCCAGGCUCCGAGGCCCUGAAGCGCUGGGGAGCCGCAGACAGAGCGUCCGGUGGCCGGGAGGGACACGGACCCACAGCCUGACGCACGGACGAAGGGACGCCGGAGCCCACCCGACCAUGUGGAAGUUGGGCCGGGGCCGGGUGCUGCUAGACGAGCCCCCCGAGGAGGAGGACGGCCUGCGUGGGGGACCGCCACCGGCCGCUGCCGCCGCCCAGGCGCAGGUUCAGGGAGCAAGUUUCCGAGGUUGGAAAGAAGUGACUUCACUGUUUAAUAAAGACGAUGAGCAGCAUCUCCUGGAAAGAUGUAAAUCUCCCAAGUCCAAAGGAACUAACUUACGAUUAAAAGAAGAGUUGAAGGCAGAGAAGAAAUCUGGAUUUUGGGACACUUUGGUUUUAAAACAGCAUAUACAGUCUAAAAAACCAGAUGAAAUUGAAGGUUGGGAGCCUCCAAAACUUGCUCUUGAAGACAUAUCAGCUGACCCUGAGGACACCGUGGGUGGCCACCCAUCCUGGUCAGGCUGGGAGGAUGACGCCAAGGGCUCGACCAAGUAUACCAGCCUGGCCAGCUCUGCAAACAGCUCCAGGUGGAGCCUGCGCUCGGCAGGGAGGCUGGUGAGCAUCCGACGGCAGAGUAAAGGCCACCUGACAGACAGCCCGGAGGAGGUGGAGUGAGGGGGCUGCGUGGCAAGUGUGCCCCGAUGUGGUGGCCUUUUAUUAGUAUACCAUGUAGUUGUUGAGUCUCUUCUGUUAGAAAGAAUAGUCUACUUUUUGCCUAUAUUUCAUAUUUGGACCUCUGUUUCAUUGUUUAAUGAACUCUCUCACACACACUGUGACUCCUUGGUGAACACGUGCAGGGAUUGUACGUUUGGUUGCCUUAUUGCAGAACUACCCAUCAGUCCAUGUUUUGCAGAAACUGGAGAUGUGAAUUUUUGAUGCUGUCCCAUAAUACAGCAGUAAUGAUGUGCAGUUUGCCACAAAUUAUCUUCAUGCUGCUCUCCGUCGUAGUUCUGUUUCAGGACUUCUGUACCUUUUUCUUGUAUGUAGCACAUGCAAACGCAGCAGCAUGCAGUUCUUUUCUUUUGCCAGAAAAUUACAGUGAGGAGGUAAGAUGAAUCUUCCAAAGUUAGGUUAAAUUUUGUUUAACUUGACAAAUUAAACUUUGUUCUUAUUAAACAAAUAUUUAAACAAAUACUGGAAAAGCAAAGGUUAUAUUUGGGCGUAAAAUGUCAGUAUCUUAAAAUGCAUGUUCAUCUUUUCCUGAGGGAGGAAUAGCCUCUUGUGUGUGCCCUGGAUAGUAACCAUGGUUCUUUUUUGGAAUUUUAUUUUUACCUCUUUUGAACUUCUAAAUCGGUUCCUUUAUUUUCUUAAAACAUGUGCUCUCUCUUUUGUUUACAGAUUAAAGAAGUAUGAUGAUAAUUUUAUUUAGGAAACAUUGUCUUGCUCAUUACCGAGUGAAGACUGUGCAUAAAAUACUGAAGUGCCUCUUUUUUAUUAGGCUCGUAUGUUUGUUCUUGCAAAGCGAGAUGCCGAUUGUGAUGGGUGUUAGAUCUGUAAGAAGCUGUGUUUUCUCCACAAGAACCAAUGGCCAGUUUGAGAGCAUCUCGCGCGUUCUUUUUCUGUCUGCUUUACUGUCCUUGACAAUGUGAUCCUGCACAGUAUCAGGUGCCAGUUAUGUGUCCCUGGCAGGUUGGCGCUUAUCAGCAAGUCCUGCAGAUAUCUAUCUUAGGUAAAAGUGGUUUGAAAGAAAAGGUAUAUUUUUCUUUUUUGUUUAAAAGCAAAAUAAAACCUCCAGUUACACUGUGCAUUCCCCUCACGUAAAAACAAGACAAAAACCCUUUCCUGAGUUGCUCGGCACGCACUUCUGUGCUGUUUCAUGCGUGUGGAUUUUCCUUCCGCUUGUUCCUGUGGAAUAACUGAGUGUGCCUGAUGGCAGAACACACUGCAGUGUUAUCAACGUCUGCAUGUUUUUUAAUAGAACAGGUUUACUUGAUCUGUUAUCUGUUACGGAAAAAACAGCAAUUACUUUUGCAUCAACCCAGUACAUCCAUUCAUCUAGCUAAAUCUAUAAUCUGUAUCAAUCGCUUAUACCUAUCAAUCAUCUGUAUCUAUUCACCUACCCUCUAUGUCUGUCAUCUCUCAGUCUGCAUCCAUCUAGCCUUCUGUCAGUCAUCUACUUUUUUUAAUAGAAUAAGAAGUUUACUUACCAAGUCUUGAAAGGGGGACAUGCUUCAAGUGGUGUUCAAACAAAAAUUCCAGUUCGUGUUAGAACCUUGAAAUGGUGAAGUUGUGGAGGUUUUCUUUGUUCCGUAAUACAGAGACAAGUUCAUAAUUUUUAAUGUAACAGCUAAGUUGACAAAUUCUAAGUUUCCUCAGGUAAACAGUCGUAACUGUCUUUCUCCCUAGAGAAGUGCUUGCUGGGGUAGUAAAAACAUUCACCAUUUCAUGACUUCUGCGAAUACUUUCAAGCGGAAGUCAGUGUAGGCUUGUUUUUGGCUAACAUGGUCUUGCUGCGCAGGAAUGUAAACACUGUGUUUGAAACUCUGGAAAUAACACGUGUGUGGGGAGAUGGGGACGCUGCCCACGUAGUGGGGAGCUCUGUGGUGUGAUGGCAGCAGCAGUUGCUGUGCCUCUGUUGGAACGCUAAGUGCCUGCAACUCACGUCAAUCAUAGGAUUGUGACGCACAGUUGGCAAAAUAGUUCUUUAUGCUAUUUCUCAAAAUGUGAGGACAAACCCAGAUUGGGAUUGGAAUGUGCAUGUAAAUCAAAUUUUUCUUAUCUACAAAGACUCAUGUAAAAAUGAUUUUUUCUUCUGUGCCUGAUUAAAUUAACUAUGGUUUUUAAUAUAAAUAUUUAUUGGUGUGCUUUGGGAGAAAAAAUAUCUUUUCUUGAAAGAACUUACCAAAGCAAAUUUGUUAUCUUCACAAGUUAAUGGGAGAAUGUGGUUUUUAUUCUGGGUGUUUGAAUUGUGUAAACACACAGCUUCCCUGUGCGAAGACAGCUGUCCUGUGCUCCUUCUACUGUACUUUUUAAAUUUUUUAAUAGGAAAGUGAUGGGCUUCAGAGAAGGGUUCCCCCUUAGUGCUGAGGCUUUUUAAAAAUAAAAAUAUUGUUUCUAAGCUCUUUCAUUAUUGGUUUCCAUGAUUAUUGGCAUCUGCUUACGAUGGCUUUAAUCACUCAGAGCUAAUGGCACCUUUCCUAUUUAGCCUCAUUUUAGAAUGCAGUAAACACAUGUGACUUUUCACGAAUAAAUGAGCAACUUCAACCUUGGUUUUCAA